CUAAUAUUUCUUGCAAGCUCUCGCCCUCCUAUUUGAACAGGAUUUGGAAAUUAUUUUGCAGGCGCUGAAGACGGCGUCGAGUAACUUGCGCGACAGAUCAGAUUCGAUGACAACAGCAAUUAACGGGAACGUGCAGUCGGUAGGUGCGUAGUCUGGACAAAUGCGCUCUGGCUUACCCCGGUUAGUUUUUUGCAGAGAUGCACAGUUUUCUUCAGGAGGUACAGGAUCUCGGUCGCACAAACCACGCCGAAACCACAACAGAGUUACGUAGGAUACUGGCUGACAUCGGACGUGAGCAUUCGGAAGCGUUUGUUGCUCUCGUGCCAUCGGUGCGAUCAUCCAUCAUCUCGGAGCUGAACACAGCUCUUGGUAUCAUCAAACAUGAGAGCCUCAGGAACUUGGACGUGGCGGAUCAUGUUCAUUUCCAACUAGACAUUCUCGCUGAUGGCAUUGGUGUGUUGCAGAACUCGGCCCAGGAGCUGAUUGGCUUAGUAUCAGACGCCUCCGGAUCAAUGGAGUUGUUCGUCUCGCAAGCCCGAGAUACUCGCGUACUCCAGGAGGAUAUUCAUUCGUCCACGCUCCGUUUGAUGGAUGCUGUGCACCAACUUACCCAAACGACGCACGAUGAACUGGAAUCGAUCAACCAGACUACGACGGUACUAAUGCAAAAUCUGCAAAGAGGACAUGACACUGCAGAUUGGUGGAGGUCCGUACUUGUCUCUGCUGUCCAGCUUUUUCUCCCUGGUUCGUCGUUGUCGCCCUCCAUUCUGCCCCUUCUAAGAAGCUCGCCUUCUUAGGAGUAUUGCCGAUUGGUUCGACAACCACGUGGCCACUGGAUCUUCUCUUCAAUGUUAUCGACGGCGUGUGGCGAGUUCUCUGCUUCUCUGUUUCCAUGUUUACGA